UGUUUCAGAAUGCGGAACAGGAUUGGCCCACUACCUGCCUACACCAAAUCAUUGUCAUCUCAACAAAAAUUGGUUGCUAGGUAACCGUCACAACCGGGGAAGUGUUGUGAUUACUCAUGUGCUGCUCAUUUACUGACAAGAACAAGGGAAAACAAAAUGGUGGCAAACUAAUACUCAGUGGCGGGUGGACGCCAGAUUCUGAAAUGCCUGCCGAUUUUAAUGAUGUUAGGGAAUAUGUAGGUAUAAAGCCAAUGCCCACAUCAUCUCACGUUGGCUUACGGAUAACCGCUCGAUGUUCAACUCCAGUGUACACAUGCGAGAGUCCUGCAAGGCCAGAGGUUGUGAAGCAAAACUAUGACAGGCGACGACAUCAAAUAAGUAGCUGCGGUUACAGAUCUGUUAACUUUAAGCCCUACAAAGAAGUUGGAGAAGUAAUACUGAAUGAAAAGGAGUUGAUUUUGAAGUCGUUGGGACAGGGCAUCACAGAAAAUACAGAGGGUCAAGAGGAUGAAGACAAAGAGCAAAGUAACCAGUUGAAGAUUGAUAACAAUGAUGCCCAGAAGGAGAAAGAUAUUAUCACUAUCACACACCCGAAGCCUGAAAAUUUGCAAAAAUUAGAAGACCAGUUGACUAAAGGAAGGCAUUUAAUGAACAAAGUUAAAUUGGGUAUUGGCCUUUUCAAACUUAUCAAGGAGGAACAGAACAGAAAGGCAAUUGAAGAGGAAUAUAGCAGAAUUAAAAGUGAAGUUGAAGCAAAAAAGUCUAUGAGACCAUAUGAUCCAGAUUGGGAUUUUGAGGAUGAAAUUGAGGAUAGUAACGAUGUCAGUUCCCUAGUACAUGACAACAUUCUCACUGAAACAAGGACUACAGAACUAACAAGAAUUGAAUUGCACACAGAAGAGCACGAGGAGAAGAAUGAAAUUCCUCUCAAAAAUGGUGGAAUAGAGUCCACUGAUUUAGUGCUUGCAAUGAAUACCAGUGAUGGGGAAAAAAAUUCUGGUUGUUUGAAUGAAAGGCCAAAGUCAAGGUCCUUACAUCUUCAAGAGAAGAAUGAUGCAGAUGUUCUAUCUGUUGGAAACUGCAGUAGCCGUAUUGCUAAAAACAAACUGAAUAGGAGCAAGAAAUACAAGAUAACCAUGCCUAGACCAUUUUCUCCUAUUUUCACCAACGUCAAUUUUUACGAGACUGGAUCCAAAGAGUAUACAUUUCGUCAGCUAUGUGCGUUAUACUGGAUACUAGAGGCAAUGUCACAGGACCAGAAUAUUGUGAUGCCGCCUAUUUCUACAUGCUGGAAACUCAAAGAUUUGAAGCAAGAUCUACACACAGCACAAUGGAAAGUUGAUAGAGACAAAGCCGUUGACCCAAUAUGGACAGCCUUUUUAAGAAAUCCUAAUAGAUUCACAAGGUCAAAGCCAGGUGGACGGGGUGGUCUGCUGCAAAGAAGAAUAUCAAUUGCGCCUAAUGCACUUCGAAGAAUAUCGGCUGCUUCAAAUGCGACACAGGCAUCAGGCUUCAAAUUUUCUUCACUAAGCGAAGAUUCAGCUAGCACUUCGGCAUCUCACAUGCCAGCAAGCAAAGAAGAGUCAAGAGGAAGGAGUUUGAGCAAACUAGGAUUUUUAUUCAAGCGAGAUGAAGUUUCUGCUGAUGAAAGACGAUUUAAUCCACGAAAACCAACUCUAGCUCAAGUUGCAGAAGAGGCGAAAACGCAGCAAGCCCAAGUAUCAGGACCCAGCCUGAAAGAAAAAGCUUUCAUUGUUAGAGAAGUUGUUAUUGCCAAAAAUGUUUUUGGUAGACGAGGGUCAAAACUGAACAAAGCCAGAUCAUCAUCAGUAACAUUGGCAGCGGCGAAAUCUGCUACCGAUAAACUAAAAAAGAAUAAGAAGACAAUAAAAGAAACGUCUCGGAAGGAAUCCUUGGGAUUUCCAGGCGAUAUCCCAGAGACAGGCAAAAGUCUUGAUCACUUUGGUACAGAAACAACUGGUGUUAGCGAAGUUUCAAUAAUCGAUGAGAAUCAAAAUGUUCCACUGAAAUUUAAAGAGAGAUUCGAAGAGCUUGCUGCGGAAAAAGCUCUGAUACUGCAUGAUAAUUUAGAGCAAAGAGAAAAGACCAGUGUGCAAUCAAUGGAAAGAAAAUUUUGUUCUCUUCGCAUCAUGAGUGAUGUAAAUAAGGCAAUAAGUGUUAUGCGAUCGAAAAGUAGGUUAAAAGUCGAAACUGACGAGGAGAAAAAAGCAAGGUUUUCAGAAGAGUGUUCAUGGUACAAGAGCCUCCUUGAAAAUCUUUCUCCUUGCAUUCGCGAGGACAUGAAUAAUGCUCUUGUGUUGGAUAAAAUUGCAAAGUAUGGCUCGAUGGAAGGAAGAAAAGUGAGCAGCGUACAGUUUAUCAAGGCGUUAUCGAUUCUAAGGCCGUGGGAGCUCUGCCACCCUGACAUCAGUGCAGCUAUCGAGUUUGUUCGUGAUAAGAUUGUGGCGAUGGAUAAAACCGAGUUCGAAACGUGGUUUGAGUCAAGGCUAUCUGAAUCUAAAUGAAAACAUCCUGUCAAGUUGGAAGUGAAAAGUAACGCAGCAGUAUGAUAUAGUCACGCUUUACCUUCCAAAGAACUGAAGAAAAGUCUCGCAAAUAUAUUCCUUUCUUUUCAUAGACGAUUUGUAGUCUCUUUUGUACUUAUCUUAUCUUCAAACUUAUCUUCUAGUUUGUAGGAUCAACAAUAAAAUUAUAAUGCAAGCAUAAGCAAGAUUUUAUAAGAGCGUCAGAACACGAGGCUGUUUUACAAGUUUAAAUAAAGGCAACAUCGGUCCAUAAAAUGUGCCUACGAGAAUUUCUUGAGUUUUUUCAAGUUCAGGUAUUUUAUAAAAAGAAUAGAAAAUAGAUCGCACCGUUCUUCUAAUGAUUAUCCCUCUUUUGUAAAAAGUGGUUGUGCAGUAGAAUCUCGCAUUCAAAAGGACAAAGGCGGUUGUCAGUGUUUUAUACCCAUGCUAUACUGUAGCUGAUAAUGGCCAAUGAACUAGGAUCUGUUGCUCUUUGCCCCAGGAUUUAUCAAUUUUGAGCUUCUUUCUUUGUGUGAAGAAUUAACAAGAGAAAGCUGGUCCAAAUGCUAGAGAAGCCCCUUCCAGUUUUUUCCUUUCUUUUUUAUUUCAUAAGAUGACCCUAGCAACUGUUCAUAAAGUUUUUUUCUUGCACCCUUUAUUUGCACAUCCUUGAGAGAAAGUAUUGAUCGCACCACUUAUAAUCACUGAACCUUAAUGCAAGUGACUGCUCGUUUUGGGCCACUUUAUAUCUUUCUGCGAGAACAUCUCGAAAGUGUAUAGAAACGUUAAUUAUACAGUAUAGUAAGUGUUAAAAUAUAAUAGCUCUAUCUAAUUCAUUCACCUCAAAGUAUUUAAAUAUAACAAAUAUUUUAUAUAAAAAUAUGUUUACUGUAUUUCAUUGCUGGUAUACAGUUGAUUGAUUGACAUUGAUUCAUGGUAGCUCUUAAGAUUUAUACAAAUUUUUAUAUUAUAAUGUGAUAUGGGAAUAAUGUAUUUCUACUUUAAUAUAUGCAAUCAUUCAUAUCAAUAAUUUUAAUUUUUUUCUGUAUCAACUUCUUCUUCUAAACUAUUUCUUGAAAAUAAAAUCUUAGCUUUCAACCAUGAAGUAGCUAAAUCGUUGAAGCAUUGUGUUUGAGGAAAUGCAUCUACAUGCAUUCAAAGCAUUGAUCAAGUUUGUCACAAAACUUUUUUUUUAGCUUCACGUCAAAGAAUAUCUUUGCAAAAAUAUAUUCUACCAAACCAGAUUAUUUUUAAUGUUAAAAAAGGUGAAAUAUUUCAAAGCUUGAAAAUGUAACACUUGAUAAUGACACGGAAGGUGAAAUGAUUACGGUAAAAUGAAUAAGCGUGAUGGUAGAGGAAACUCGUGUUUUUCGUUUUUCGGUAGUGUAUGAAUCGUCGAAUAAGUUUUGAAAUACAGGAGAAAAAUACAAACUUUUUUCUACAAAAGUUAACAUCAUUUGGUUUAAAGGCUCUUGCCCAACCGGCAUGCUUAGCAACAGUCUUGUUGAGAAAUUGAAUGUGUUUCACUUUGCUCAUUGAAUUUUAAAUUCAGGAUUUCUGUUGAGCUGACGAAUUUGUGGACCAUCAAAGAUCCCAGCUUUCAAUUUCUCGAUUGUCAAACCUGGAAAAACUUGACACGAGUGUUUAUUCAAAGCAAUAACUAUCCUUGCUCUGUCCUUUUGCGAAUUGCCUGAUCAAGCUAAGUUUGAUGUGGCUCUUUGAUGAUGUUCCUUGUUCUGCAUGGUAACAACUCCUCCCGUGCAGGCCACUCUUUCUUUUGUGUAGUGUUUUGCUCUGUCCCUACUGUCCCACAUACACAGAAAAUAUGGAUACGUGGUAAACCCAGACUGUUGUCCCUUAAAAGUGUUUAACAUUUCACGUCGACACACAUCAACCACUCAUGCUAAUUAUGACGUAUUUUCUCCAGAACAUACUUUACAGCGUCAUGGUUCUCUUUUGGUGUAGCUGAGUUGUGCCAAUGGCACGGAAGCAAAAUCGUUCCCAUUAUGCAACAAAACCCAUUUUCAAACAAUCUUUUG